AUAUGCCGAUCAAUAGUGAAUAAAUUUAUAUUUUACUAAUUUACAACCUUGACAAGUUUACAACCACGGUGAGUUGCUAUUGAAAAAAAAAACCAGUUGACGCUGUUUAUCGCUUGGGGGCGUCGUGUUCGUUAAAAAAAUGUUAGUAGGAAUCUGUCGAAAAUGAAGAAUUCAGUUUUGCUAAUAGUUAGAACUUUAGUUAUGUUGUAGGGAAAUAUUUUAUCAUGGUGUUUUAUUAGCUAGGUAGUGAAAUAUAUAAUUUCGAAGGGGCAGGCGGUGAUUCCGGUGCGUAAAGUCAUAAGACUUGUGUCAUCUGACUGCACUUCCUUUAAGAUGGCUCCUCCGCCGGAGUAUGAUAAGGAACCUAAAGCCCCGGAUAAAAGUGCGACUAAUAUUCCCAGUGAAGAUUCAAAAGCAUUGUAUAAUCUAGUUAAUGACCAUCAAACCAAUUCGGACUCUAAAUCUACGAAUUCAUCUGCCAACGCCGAAGUGGAGAACAACAAACACGUGGAGACUCUAGACGACGGACAGUUGCGCGCGCUGCUGGAUGAGGCCAUCACCUACAAGUGCCCCAAGGACCGCGAGGGCAAGAGCAGUCUGUUCAAGGAGCUCCUCGAAGAAGUGGAGCAGGACGAACAGGACGAGCAGGCGUGCGAGGCGGCGGCGCGGCUCGGCGGAGGCCGCGCGCGACGCGGCGGCGGGCGCGGGCGGCGCGCGCUGCCGCAUUCCAACUCGCUGCAGGACCUGGUGGCCGCGCUGGCGGCCGAGCCGGCGCCGCGCCGCGCCCGCCACAGCCACCACCCACCCGCGCCCGUGUCCGCGCGCGCCAUCCACGGCGGCAGCCUGCCCUCCGGCGUCGACACAUCGUUUCUUCUAAGCGAAGAGCCGAUGCGCGGCGUGGUGGCGAGCACAGUGGGCGGCGCGGAGUACGUGGCGACGGUGCGCUGCGUCAACCCCAGCCCGCUGGCCGAGCGACGCGUGUCUGCCAGCGACGCGCACUGCCCCGACACCGACGCGCUCAACAGGCGGAGCAAGCCGGUGUUCCCGAUGUACACGGCGCGCGCGACGCUGGAGAUCGGCAGCGGCAGCGUGUGCUCGGGCCGCGCGGUCACCACCACCACCGCCUCCAACCAGGUGCGUACCCCCCCUCCCCACACACCAGGUAACACCCCCCGACCGCGCGGCCCGGAGCCGGCCCGCCGUGUCACGCCACUGAUGGCUAGAGACCCCAGAGGGAGGAGCUGUCGCCCCCUGGACCCUGCAGGAGACAGAAAUAGAAGCUACUGGCACGACAAUGCGUGUGUCGACAAAUGGUAUCGAGGGCUCGAGGUUUACAAUGCACCGCUGGAUCGCCUGAGCGGCGCUAUGCUCAACAGCAAAGACUUCUAUAAAAACGAACAAAUCGACGAUUACUAUAAAAACUCGCCACAUCAAAGUCCUGUCAAAUUACCUAAAAAUUCUAUGGAUACGUCGCGCCUUACUUUAGUAUCUAAAGAUAAAUACAUUCCGAUAGCUAGUGAAAACCCUUAUGAAACGAAAAAUCAUUCGGAUAUAUAUAACAUACCUAAAAUGUUAGAUGUAAAAGAUGUUGAGGAAGCUAUGGCUAGACAAGCAUAUCGUGAGCGUGUAGGAAAAGACUUAGUCGCGCCCUGUUUAGUAUCUUGUAAUCCUAAAAACAUUAGAAGUAUGUCGAUAGGCCCAUCUUUACACGAUAAUAUGGAUAAAAAAUAUCAAAAUCCAAGCACUAGUGACACUCGCGAUAAGAAUAAAGAUAAAUCUAAUCGUAAUACGCGUAAUAGAAAUGAACGCAAUGCGAAUGUCAAUGUCGCCACUGAUAAACCUGCACCGGCCAAGCCCGAUAGUAGUAAACUUGAUAGACGAAGUAAAAUGAGUCAUAGUGGUAUUUGUAGUGCAGGGAAAACUAGGUCACCUUCGCCUCUGACCUUAAAACCCGAAGUUAGUCGUAACUCAUCAAAACAAAAUAAUGUUGAGGAUAAAACUAACAAGGAUAACACUCAGGAAAAGCCUCGGAAGGAAAAAACGCAUCUAGAAAAAGACACAGACCUUGCUAUUAUGAAAGAAAAUUCUCAAAAUCAUAUUGAACUAACUAAGAUAAAAAAGGCUGAACAGAAAGAAAAAUCUAUAAUAAAAAUGUCCGAGGAGAAAGAAAACCCUAUAAUAGAAAAGACUGAGGAGAAAGAAAACCCUAAAAUAGAAAAGGCCGAGGAGAAACAAUGCCCUAUAACAGAGGACCAUAAAGACGUUGAAAUGGUAACGAGACAAACAACUCAAAAAACCUUCUUUGAUUUUGUUAAAAUGGUGGCUGCUGAAGAAAAUCAGCGCAACGCUAACGAAGACAACAUUAGUUUCAUUGAAAUGAUUAUGUCAAAAGACGAACCUCGAACUCUGGCAGAAAAUACUAAACCCCAAAUCAAAGACAUAAGUCUUGUUGAAAUGGUUUCAAUGCAAAGUUCUCCUGAAACUGAAAGCUCUAAUGAAUUUUCACUAUUCAUGGCGAAUCAACAGCGAUUACUUCGAGCUAUAGAAUCAAAUAACUACCAUAAAAACGAGCAUAACAACGAGACUUCUACUCCCGAAACAGAAAUUUCUAAUAAUAUUAAACGACCAGAACGCCGAGAUAUACCAAACGUUGAAUCACCAAUUGUAAAUCCAUGUUUACUCACAGUUGAAAGAGCGCUUAAUCCAGUCUCUGAAAUGGACUGCUUUGAUGAUAAGGACUCUGAAACUAGCGGCACAGAAAUGGUGGAUAUGAGGCGGGCCAGAACAGCCGACUACGCGCAGGACUUGCCGGUCAACGCUUCCUAUUUCCUAACGCUUUACAAACGCUUACUCACAUCUCCCAGUAACAUAGAUAACACCCUAGACAUUAAACCCAGCGAGGUCAAGCCGCCGCUCGUCGCCCUCGACUCCGCGGCCAAAUUGCCAAAGAAGAAAAAAGACAAAAUUACCGCCCGCCUCGCCAGAAAGCCGCAUAACGAGAACUCGAACAAGAAGAAAGACAUCAUUAGAAACGCGCUUAAAAAGCUUUUUUUCGAUAACAUUACGCAAAGCGAUAGUACAAAGCUGCCCAGCAAAGCUACCACAAAAGAGGUCGAUUCCGCUAUACCGUUUAGUUGCAUCACCAGUCCGGAGGUGGUGGCGAGCUGCACGACCACGGCAUCGGCGCAAGCGGCGGUGGCAGUCGACCCAAAGCCGGCGCGCAGCAUGGCGGCGUCGACAUUCAAUGGCGUGCCGCUGCCGCGCGCCGGGCCGCACUUCAGCACCGCCGCCGCCGAGCUGGAGUUUAAACAGAAAUCUUUGGACGAGAAUGGCAACUCAGUACAGGGAUUCAGUUCGCCCCAAUCGGGCUCUAGUCAACAGAAAAAGCAGCGUAGAAAAAAGUCUUCUAAAAACGAGACCGUCAUCAAGUCGCACCACAUCGACGGGUACCAGGGCAACAAGGACUUGAACGAGGUGCUCCGGUUUAUAGAAUCCAACGAGCCGGAGCGCCCGAAACGACACGACGAUAAGAAGAAAAGAUCCGCAGAGAGGCGCAAAGAUAAACAACCCAGAGCGUCAAGCCUCGAUGACUUGUCGCGCGCCGCGCCGCCGCCCGCGCGGCCCGCGCGCCCCGCGCAGCCUGCCCCCAAGCCGGAGCGCCGCUCCUGGGGCGACGAGCGGCAGCCGUUCUACUUCCGGGACUCCAACCCCGAGCCGGAUCCAGAGCUUACAGAUUUUCAGACGGUCACUAAGAAACGCAAACCGCGCCGCCGCGCCGAUGAACCUUCGCCUCGCCCCCCGCGCCGAGCGCCUUCCCCCCGUUCACCUCCCUCACCUAGAGCGCGUUCCGACCGCUCGAAUGACUCCAACGACGACUUGGACUCGGUUCACUCGCUGCCGUCCCUGCCGUGCCGGCCCGCGCCGCCGGCCAGCUACGCGGACAUCGCGCGCACGAAGCACAACAUCCCGGACCUCAUCGAGAGCUGCAACUACUACGGCGAGGGCGCGCCGGAGCAGCCCGCGCUGCCGGAGCCCGCGCCGGCGCCCGGAGACGCCGAUGGCUAUCCAGCGCUGGACCCGCGGCCGCGGCGCGGCAAGCCGGCGGGCGGGCGGCGCGGCGGCGAGGAGCCGGCGCCCGACGUGGUGGCGUCGCGGCCGCCCGUCAUCCUGCUGGACUCGGCGGCGCGGCCGCGCGACAUGGACGGCGUCACGUUCGGCUUCGACAUCGACGAGCGCCUGCUGGGCGCGCCGCUGCCGCUGCCCGUGCCCGUGCGCGCCGGCCGCGCCGCGCUGCGCUACGUGCAGCCCGCGCCGCCCGCCGAGCUCGCGCAUCUGCACCAGAUCGUCGACUACGUGGGCACAGCGUGGGAGGACGUGGUGCGGUGCAGCAGCGGCAAAGUUCGCUACUUCAGCGAGUGAGCGCCCGCGAGCGCUGCCGGCCGUCAGAACAGAACUACUGGGACAGUCCCACGAGGACACGAGUGCCGUGCAGUGCCGUGCAGUGCAGUGCAGUGCAGUGCAGUGCAGUGACAGUGUAGUGCGGGUUGCAAACCCCAGCCGCCCAGCGGCCGAGUCCAACUUCGAGCGUAUGAUUAAGUGUUUUCGCUGUGAUUUUAAAGUGACUCUAUUUUCGCUUGUAAAUAAGAUGACCACGAUAUAUUCUGAGCAUUUAUUGCAUUCAAUUAGCACUCGAAAAGUGCCGGCGAUAUCGGAGUCGUUUGGUCGGGAGUUCGAGACCCCCUUAGAUAGACUUGUUGAACUUCUAGAUGGAAAAUGAUGUUGCAGGAGAGGGUCUCGGGACCAGGGGUGUUUCGAUUCAGUUGAGCGUUUGUUUCUGUUAUGUUUAUUAUUGUGCUUGAUUUUUGUUAUGUAAUCACAAAUAUUUGGUAGACUUUCUCUAACUAGCCACUGUAGAACUCACGACAGUCUGAUUUGUUAUGUAUUUUUAAGUUUCACCAUAUUAAAUUGUAAAUAAAAUAAAGAUCUUAUAACGUGUAUCUAGCCAUAUAAAUUUAAAUGGAUCUUAUGUGAAAAAAAUAUAACAGUCUUAACCGAUAUAUAUAUAUAUAUUUAUAUUUAUAAAUGGAAGCUAACCUUAUUAUUGUGUUUGAAGGUUUGACCAAGCCGUGUAUUAAUCUAAUGAUACAAAUUGUACAUAGAGCAGAUGUUUGUCUGACGCAUGUCCGCACACUCGCUGCGUUUGCGUGAACAGUGAUGAUUGGAAUAGCUUUCGGUGGCAGCGAGCGAGUGUUAGCUUUGUCCUGCCGGGUUGGCUGCCCGAGCGUUCGCCGCACUAGCCAUGCGCUCUAAGUGCGUCCACGUUUGGCGAAGGCGACAGACACGCGCAUUACGAUAUUUUAGUUCUAUGCGCUGCGCGCGUACAGCGCGUGAGCGAUUCCCCAAUGGGGUAGCCAUACGUCAGGAUUUCCCCGGACGUGUCAAGAUUUUUGGUCCUUUGUCAGGCUUGAGAGCUACGCGAGUCAGUCAGGGUUUUUUAGAAACUUCAACUAGCCACUAGCAGAUUUGGGCAGAGGAAAGGGAAGGUUAUGAUGUAACUACAGCAUAUGGUGACGAGUUAUGGGGCCAGUGGCCCACGAAAGGUUUUUAAAAUAAGAGAUUUAUUUUGGGUUACAUUUAUUCAUAUGGCAACCCUAUUCGCGAAUGGCUCGCUUACAGCGCAAUCGCCAGAUCUGUGCGCACCCAUAGAUAAUCGUUUUAUGUUUGUUCCUAUAGGUCAUAACUGUCGCAGGGUUAUUGCUACGAGCCCUAGUCUAGUUGGUCGGUGUUUGAUAUUCACCGACAUUCCCGACAUGGUUGUAUCGUGGUGUGAGGCAUAUCAGAUGAGAAGGAUCGUAGUAUGUAUACACAGGGAGAGUGAGGUCUGAUUGUUAUCUAGUUUGACAUCACCCAUCUCUUUUUCUACAAUAAUAUUAGAUAAUUGCUUUAUAAGCUGCGCGAUUAAAUUUCUGCGUAUUUUGACCCGUUUUUAAUAUGAACAGAGUCAACGAAACCGAUUGAUAUUAUUUAUACUAAGCUUGGCAGCGGUUAUAUCAGAGAUUGUUACAGAACAGGACAUGUUACAUGGGUAAAUGUAUAAUGUAAAGAUAAAUACUAAUUUUAGGAACGUUAAACUGCUGUUCAAUAAUAUAACGCAUGAUGCGAUUGAGCUUAAUACUUCAUAAGGUGUAAGACAAUGAUUAAAAUUAUUUAGAUUCAUAAAAUGGGGAAUGAUUUGAACAGUGUUUUGUUUUACUCUUGUCUAUUGUUGUGUCCUUGUCACUGGUUGAGAUUUUCAAUAUGAAUACAAUGUGGGUCACAGUUAAAUAGCCCUGCGACUCACUACGUUAGGACAUGCUAAUAUGCAUUACGAUGUAACAAUUACCAAUAUCACUUAGUAAAACGUUGAAUAACACGUGGCGUUUUCAGGUAAAAGGUGUCAAGUCUUACAUUGUCAAAAGGGCUCUACAAGUAUGAAAAUGCAGUUAGAAAUCAAAAAAAGGUACCUUUUGCCUGUGGACGUUACUUGUAUCGCGAGACCGCAUUGCAGAAGCAUUAUUAGUACUUCAUGAGUAGGAUAUAUGUGUAAUAUUCUGAUAUUUAGUCCUAUUAAAUGUAACACGAACGGCCACAACCACACUUAUUGUAAAUACGUGGCGAGGUCGGUUGUUUUUAUGAGGUAUACGUUUCUGGGAGCACUUUGUUGAGAUUUAUCUAUGUACUGAAAGGACGCUCAUAUCAAAGGUAUAGAAAUAUUAUUUAUUAUUUCUUUCCCUUGUAAAAUAUGUAAAUAGAUGUGCAGAAAAAUAUUGGAUUUAUGUUUAGUGCAUAUUAGAUAUUGUAGGUGAAAGAUCUCUGGGUUCGGAUGUUACGACAAUACUAAAGGCGUGAGACAAGUUUGUUAAUGCAUAUCAGAAUUGCUCAAGUCCACACAAAAUGGUAACCGGAUUUGAUUAAAUGUCAAAUCAGUGUUAAAAAUAUUGAGGAAUUGAAUAAUUUUAAUAUGCAUCGACGCAAGUAGUUGUAUAGUAACGCCCGGGGCCACUUAUGGCUGUAUCGCACCAAACGAGCGUUUCGUACCACAGCGUGAUGGCUCAUUAUUGUAUAGGUAUAGUCAAUGCUUAAAAUACUAUUCUGUGUGGAAGCGUUCGCAGCGAGUUGUGAAAUGUACAAUAUCAAAUAGUCUGGUUGCUUAAAAGGAAACGAGUCCAAAAACGUAUUACGUGGCAACAUUGGUUGCUUUUGUGUAAGACGCACGUAAGUGUUGCCACGUAAUGAAAGUUUUUGAUAUUGACAUGUUAGUUGCAGGGCAUUGCGCGCAGGUAGAUAGAACUAUCACCUGUUUGAUACAGAAGAGUAAAUGCGUACUUGCACACGACUUUCUUUAAACUUAUAAAGCUUAUUGUUCUAUGCGAAACGCCUCGAGAUCUUAAUACGUUUACUUACUGCUGUGUAAAGAGAGAAUGGAUGAGCUAAAUUAAAAUUAUUCGGAGCUGAAAAUAAAUGUAAUUAUUUUUUUUAGGAAUUGGAGUGAUAAUUACUUAGGAAAGAAAGCUAUUUGGCGAUGUGUAAAUGUAUAAAUUAAUGUUGCUAUGUAAGUCUACGAGUGUCUCCUUGCCUGAGUCUAGCAUUUGAUUUCCCAAAGACGAUUUCAUAUUUUGGUUUAAAAAUAUAUCAUUGGAUAUUAUAUCUGUGGCCAUAACAUUGUAACUCCCCUGUAUUCAGGCAAAGAGACAAUUGAUCUGUAUCAUAAUAUCUAUCAAUAUGAGGAAUUAUUUAUCUGCUUUUUACAUCUAACUCUUAAUUCUGCGUUUUUUCUCUGCUCAUGUUCGCUUACCAAAGGAACUAAAGGCUUGUCUGCAAGACCAUCUUGCAAACAAGCCUUUAGUCCUAUUUUUUUUCUUUAAAGUAGCAAGGUUUUAAAUUUGUGUUAUUGUUUCUAAUAAUUCUAGUUAUAAGGAAGUUUAUGUUAUAUUAUAUUCUAAUUGUCAUAUUGCAGCUUUCAAUUAGCUGCUGCAGAAUUUGAUAUCCUGUGCUUUGACAAACACAAGUACAACUUUUGGUUGUGUGUGAGAGAGGGUUGUAACAGUAAGAACUGUUGUCAAAAACUCUAAUGUAAUUUCACUCGCUCUUAUGUUGUUACACAUGCCAUGGAACUACAUAGCUGGUCGUUUAUCAUGUCUGGUAAGGCGUUAUGAUGCUAAUAAUUUGUAACAACCUGUGUUUAUUAAACAAACACUUCUCUCGACGAAAUAUCACUGAUAAUACGUAGCGACUUUUAGUGAGAUUUGUUGAAUGUUGCUACAAAAUAAUGAAACGACAUUUUAAGACUAUAUUUUCUUUGUUUUUUUUUUUUCGCGACAUCCUUUAAACAUGAGCAGGGCAAAAUUGGAGAUAUUUUAACUGUAAAAGAUUUGUUUAUAUAAACGGUAUUGUAACCAGCUGCAAUUUACAGUUAUGUACUUUUUCACUGUUUCCGUUUUCUUAAUAAAAAUGUUGAAAAUAUA